ACCACUCAAGGCUCACACACAGUCACACCUCCCCCUCCUGGCGGUACAACGCGCUGGCUAGGCAUCUGGUUUGACCGGAGAUUGAGCUUUAGCAAACACUGCAGGACCCUAGCUGCAAAGGCCAGACAGACAGUGCAGCAGGCUACAAUCACCUGUGUCAUCUCAGUCCUUUGCUAUGGGGCUGAGGCCUGGUGGCCGGGUUGAAACAGGCCCAGGCCCAGGAACCAGGGCUCUGUAUCAAAUCAAGUCGAUUCCUCCCUCUCUCACCUUGACCGGGUACUCAGAGAUGCUCUCCGAGGUACUCUCCCAGUAUACCGGACCACCCCCAUUCCAGCUCUCCAUCGAGAAACUGCCAUUCCCCUGAUGGAGAUCAUCCUUGACCAGAAGCGCACUGCGGCCAGAUUGCGUGCCUUCAGUUUAGACAAUCGCCACCCAGUUUGCAGGCGCAUAUUCCGAGCGCGAUCUUUUCCUGCAAACACACGCCUAACCCACAAUCACCUGCCAUGGCUGGAGGGGGUAGAACAGACUGGCCCUCUGUUAUAUCCCCCCUGGCAGGCGGAGGACCCCAAAACAAUCCAAAAUAUUUGUUCCACCCGAGACAGGGCAGAUGUGACCUUUCAACAGUGGGCUGAUACAUGCCCUCCACUCUCCAUGUUCCUCUUUACUGAUGGCAG